AUGAUUAUUGAUGGAAAAAAUUUCCGCGAAAUUCAAUGCAAUUGUUGGUCUGCGGAUGAAAGAGUACGAGAAUGUGAUAAUACAGGUGUUGAUGUACAGCCUCAACAUACUCUUGAUUUGGCACGUUAUCUAAAUGAUCAUAUUGCUCAAGUAUGUGCCGAAGAUCCAAAACGUUUUGUUGGACUUGGUACACUUCCGAUGCAGUCUCCUGAACUGGCAGUACAAGAACUUAAAAGAUGUGUUAACGAACUUGGUCUUGUUGGUAUUCAAAUUGGAAGUCAUAUUAAUGAAUGGAAUUUGGAUUCACCAGAAUUGGAUCCUAUUUGGGAGAUUAAAUAUAAUUUUCGUGAACAGGCAUGUGAUCAACUUAAAGUUCCGGUGUUUGUUCAUCCAGAAUACAUGGAUCGUAUUUAUGUUGAUUCGCUUGUUCAUGAUGAGGAUACACUUCAAUUUUUAAUUAAGAAGAUUGGUAUAGAUAAAGUAAUGCUAGGUAGCGAUUACCCUUUUCCACUUGGAGAAAGUCAUCCUGGAAAGUUGAUUGAAGGUUGUGACUGGUUAAGUGAUGAAGAUAAAGAAAAAUUGCUGA